AUGGCAACAGCAGCAGCAGACAAGGGAUGGGAGAGCUACCCAAAGCGUUUACUCAACUAUGACCCACUGCGCGAGGAUGGAGUAUCCUAUGAUGCGCGACUAGCCAAGGAUAACAAACGUCUAUUUACCGAAAAGGGAAAUAUCAACGUGGAUGUUCUCGAUAUCUUUCGCGACGAGUUUGUCGCGGAUAACAAGAAGCCUACUACAUACCAGGAUACAGAUGCUUUUGAGGAGUGCCUUACUAGCUCACCACCCAAUAGGGAGUUCAGAUUUUAUACAUUGAAACCAGCGAACCCAAAAGUGAUAUCAAGAAGUCGUGUAGCUAUCCCAGAGGACACUCUGAGGAAGCUCUUGACUGUGCAUCAAGUUAUGCCGGGGUUUAUCGACUUUCUUCAGGCAUUUGGAAGAAGGGCUAGCUCUAGCGAUACUGGCUUUGGGGGUUGCAAAAGACGCAUUGAAUAUGCACCAAACAGCAGCAAGCAGAGAAACAUGAAAUCAUAUGAAAUAUGUUACAAUAUCAAAUUUGCUGAAGAGCACGGACGAAAAGAAAAAGAGGAUGAGCCACCAAAAGACCCUUGGUCAAUACGACAAACAUGCAUCUACCAGAAAUUCGAAUAUGAGAAGAAAUCAAGCACAUGGAUCAUGGUGCAGCCCUCAGACAAGGCUACAACCAGACUGAACGAGGUCUUCAAGGCCAGAGCAGAGGAAUACAUCGAGGACACUAUGCACAAUCCUAUGGAUAUUCACUUGGUGUUCCUCUCAGGCGCAGCUGAGAACUGGAGGUGGUACUACAACUACCUUGAGAACAAAUUAUAUGAAACGACGACGGGAGCCUUGAGCUCAGCCGUUGGACGAAGGGGGAAAACGGUGACCUUUGGAAACUACAACCAGCACCUCGACUUUGAGGUCGAAUUCAAGGAUGUACAGGAACUCCAGAGGUUUGAGGAGAAGGUUCAGAGCCUACUUUUGGCUCUGGAGACAAACAGGGAUACCAUCACAACAUUACAAAAACAUAACGAUCAGUUGAGGAAAUGUGGUUUGGGGCUGGAAGAACACCACUUCACAGCAGUAGACGAUUCGCUAGAUACAUACCUUACCGAACUCGCAAUCUACAAACGAAACGUUGAAGCCCUACUCCAACGCAUUCGUGGACGAUCAAGAUUGCUCUACAACAUCCUUGACUACCGAAAUGCCGAAACCGCCCACCGUCAUGGCCAAAAAAACGUCGAUUUCGCCGAACUCGGCCGCCGCGAUACCGACCUAAUGAUGAAGAUGACAAAACGUACUACCCGAGAAGCCGUGGCCGUAAAGAUUGUGACCUUCGUCACACUAUUCUACCUUCCGGCCACAUUCGUUGCAACUUUUCUAUCAGCAAAUUGUGUAAAGUUCGUUGAAGAAACCGUAAACGGACGGAUUAUAUCACGAAUGGCGGUCUCGAAAGAUCUGAUCCUGUUCGCUGCGAUAACCGGUCCACUGAUGUGUAUCACACUAAGUAUCUGGUUUAUCUGGGAUAGAAUUGAAAAGAGACGCGUCAUCGAGGAGUGCGGCGAUAAGCCAAACCGAAAUCUUGAGGCUGCGAAACGCCGUCAAUUACAAAAUCAACUCGCGAUCUUUGAAGCUGAGAGACGCAAUGCCCAAGAGGAUGCGCAAGCCGCACAAGCCGCACAAGCUGCGCAAGCUGUCAUCUCUCUAUGA